AUGGAUAAGAGUUGGAUGAAGCAAUCUAGAUUGAGUGAUUCAUAUCAACAAGGAGUUAAUUUAUUUCUUGAUUUCGCAUUUAAAAAUGGAAGCCAUGAAAGAAAAAUUGUAUGUCCUUGUGUUAAGUGUUGCCUUAUUAGUCCUGUCACUCGAUCAAUUGCAUUUGAUCAUUUGAUAUGCAAUGGAUUUAUGGAGGGAUACACUAAAUGGAUAUUACACGGUGAAACUUCUUCACAUGCUCCACAGAAUAUUGAGAGUACUGUUAGUGAUACUCCUACUAUUGAUAUGCAAGGAGUUAUACAUGAUGUUUUUGGACAAAAUAGUAGAGAUGAUGAAUGUGAAAUUGAAAAUGAUGAUAAUCUUCAAGGUGAGGAAGAUGAACCAAAUACAAAGGCAAAAGAAUUUUAUAAUUUGAUAAAAGAUGUAGAGACAGAACUUUACCCAGGUUGUACAAGUUUUACAAAGCUCUCAUUCGUCAUUGAAUUAUUUCAUAUUAAGUGUAUGUGUGGAUGGAGUGAUAAUUCAUUUGGCAAGGUACUUGAAUUAUUUAAAAGAGCACUUGGACUUAAUUAUGAAAAAAUUGAUGCAUGUAAAAAUGAUUGCAUGUUGUAUAGAAAGGAGCAUGUAAAUGACACAGAAUGUCAAGUAUGCUCUACACCAAGGAGUGAAGCAAAAGUCUUGCGCCACUUUCCAUUAAUACCAAGAUUACAAAGAUUAUUUAUGUCAUCAAAAACAUCUGAUUUUAUGACUUGGCAUCAUCAAAAAGAUUAUGUGAAUGAUGGUUGUAUGAGACAUCCAAGAGAUUCUCCAGCAUGGAUGACUUUUGAUCACAAAUAUAAGGAUUUUGCGGCAGAUCCUCGAAAUGUUAGACUUGGGUUAGAUUCUGAUGGAAUGAAUCCGUUCAAGACAUUAAGUGUAAGUCACAACACAUGGCCAGUUAUUAUGAUACCAUAUAAUCUCCCUCCAUGGUUGUGUAUGAAACAACCUAACUUUAUUAUGUCCUUGCUCAUACCUGGUCCAGAAGCACCUGGAAAUAAUAUUGAUGUAUAUUUGGAGCCACUGAUUGAAGAAUUAAAAAUUUUAUGGGAAGUUGGAGUUGAAACUUUUGAUGCGUCUACAAGAAAAAACUUUAUCUUACGAGCAUCACUAUUAUGGACUAUUAGUGAUUUUCCAGCAUAUGCAAACUUAUCGGGAUGGAGCACUAAAGGAAAAUAUGCCUGCCCGUCUUGUCAUCAAGAUACUUAUUCUUUGUGGUUGAAGCAUAGCAAAAAACAUUGUUAUAUGGGUCAUCGUCGUUGGUUAGAAAAUAACCACUCAUUUAGAAAUGAUGAAAAGUCUUUCGACGGUACAAAAGAGAAAAGAUUAGCUCCAAUACCAUUAAGUGGUUCAAUGAUACUAGAUAAGUUAGAAGGCUACCAAAUUAAAUUUGGAAAGACAGUUGUUAAUCCUCAGUUGCCAUAUAGUUGGAAGAAAAGGAGUAUAUUUUUUGAAUUGCCUUACUGGAAGGAUAACUUAUUACGACACAAUCUCGAUGUGAUGCAUAUUGAAAAAAAUGUAUGUGAAAGUUUAGUUGGGACAUUAUUGAGUUUAGAUACAAAAUAUAAAGACAAUUUGAAUUCACGUCUUGAUUUAAAGUUUAUGGGUAUCAGAUCUGAACUUCAUCCAAAGGAGAGCGAAUCUAAGAGAACUGUCAUACCACCUGCUUGUUUUACAUUAACCAAAAAAGAAAAAACUAUCUUUUGUCGAUUUCUAAAGACAAUUAAGGUUCCAGAUGGAUAUGCUGCCAAUAUUUCAAGAUGUGUUGAUGUAAAUCAACGAAAAAUUCAUGGGCUCAAGAGUCAUGAUUUUCAUAUUAUUAUGACUCAAUUAUUACCGCUAGCAUUGAGGGGAAUGUCAAGUCUGCAUGUUUGUCAACAUAUAACUACUUUAAGCAACUAUUUUCGAAUGAUGUAUUCAAAAGUUGCUCAACCACAAGAUUUUAUGCAACUUGAGCAGCAAAUAUCAAUUACUCUUUGUAAUCUUGAAAAAUUGUUUCCCCCAUCAUUUUUUGAUAUUAUGGUUCAUUUGGUGAUACACUUAGCAUAUGAGGCGAGAAUUGCUGGACCAUCAGUUUAUCGUUGCAUGUACCCUGUUGAAAGGUACUUAUCUAAGUUGAAGUCAUACGUUCGAAACAAAAGUAAACCAGAAGGUUGUAUAGCUGAAGGAUAUUUAGCUAAUAAAUGCUUGACAUUUUGCUCACGAUAUAUGGAAGGUGUAGAGACAAAAAUUAAUCGUAAGCCUAGAAAUUAUAGUAAUCCAAAUCCAAAUAGAGAAAGGCUGCCUAUUUUCCAAACGACGGGUCGAAAUUUGGGGAAAAUAGUUUCUGAGACUUUAGACGAGGAUACCAAAACUAAGGCACAUCGAUAUGUAUUAUUUAAUUGUAAUGUCGUAGACUCAUUUAUUGAUGAUCAUCGCAAUAUCAUUGCACAACAAAAUCCUCGUCAAAGAGUAAUGACCUUAGAUCGGAUUCAUAGCGAGACAUUUCCUUCCUGGUUUGCACAAAAGGCAGAAGAAUUAUAUGAUAAUCAAGAUAAUCGACUUUCUAAAGAUCUAUAUUAUCUGGCUAAAGGACCAAACAAUAUUUUCAAUCGAUUUAAAAGAUAUUUAAUAAAUGGUUUUCGGUUUCAUAUAAAAAAAAUCGAAGAGAAAUUAAAAACUCAAAAUAGUGGAGUUAUUGUGACUGCCAAGACUCAAAGUUUUUCAAGUAGUAGGGAUCCGAAUCCUAUUUUUGGAGAUGUUACAUUUUUUGGGAUAUUAACAGAUAUUAUCGAACUAGAUUAUUGUUCAGGAAAUCGUGCUGUGUUAUUUAAGUGUGAUUGGAUUUCGAGUAGUGGUAUUAAAAAAGAGAAAGAUUGCACAAGAGUCAACCUUACAAAAUUGAUACGUGAAGAUGAGCCAUUUAUACUAGCUUCUCAAGCAGAACAAGUAAUGUAUGUGGAAGAUCUCAAACAUGAAGGAUGGCAUGUUUCUUUAAAAAUAAAUCCUAGAGAUUAUUAUAAUAUGAGCGUGCAAUCACAUAACGAGAAUGUGGAGUCUUAUUUGCAAACUGAAGUUUGCGGUGCAUCUCUCGAUGUUGACAGUGAAGAUAUUAGUUUGGUUAGGAAAGAUAUGCCAGAUAUAACUGUUGAUACAUCCGUGUCAUUUGAUGCAAAUGAUAUGGAUGAAGAAGCUUAG